GAGUUGCGCGCAUGCACGUGCGACUUACGCAGUAGUUCGUGGUCGCGCUGUCGCGAGAACGGACGGAAUAAAUAACGUCGCAUCCAUAGAGCUACCGCACUCUGGAGCAGUCCCCGCGAGGACUUCCUUCGUGACAUUCGCGUUCGAUACUCCGAGUCGAGUAGAUCCUCGAGCGAGAGAGACGCGUCGGUUCUCAGUUGAGUACAAACUAGAAGCGAGCUCGUCGUCGCAAGAUGUUUUCCGGCCUGACGAAUCAGGUGUCCAAUUGGAUAGGGAAGAAGCCUGAGAACGGCAGCGAGGUGCCAGGCGAGCAGAAGGUCGCCUCCCCGGAAGUCGAAAGCGCCGCAGAUCUCGAGAAAAAGAACAACACUAGUCCGAAGGGCAAUAAAUUGGAGAUGUUCGCCGGGGUAAAGAAUCAAAUGUCCGGAUGGUUGAGCGGCGGUAUACCCGGAUUAAGCCGCGGCGCUGGAGCCGGCGAGGGCGAGGCUCCUCCGCUGCCAGCUGAGACGGAAGAGAGUCAGGUACCCGAGGAGGCCCCGGCUGCUGUCGGCGAGCAAAUAAAGGAUGACGACGCCAGCAGGUAUGCAACCGGUGGAGCGGACAGCGGCCCCGCGAGUUUAGAGGGCACUCCGACCGAUGACAAAAAUGGACAACAGGCUUUUGGUGCCGUUUCCACGAAGGCGCUGGCGGGUGCGAAGAGCUUCGGCGGAUUUUUGUACAGCGCCGUGAACAAGGCCGGGAAAACCGUGGUGGAGGCCAGCGCGAAGAUCAAGAAGACCGUCGAAGAGAAUAGGCUGAUUGCCGAACUCAACAAGGAACAGGAGGCUUUCAUCGCCAGUAAGCAAGCUGGCGAAAAGGGCGAGGCUGUUGCACCAUGGGUCGGCGCACCAAACGAGGACGCGCUACGCGAGGAGUGUCUGUCGCUCUCAACCGAUCGACGUAAUUUCGUGAGAGCACCACCACCGGGCGUAGAAUUCGCUUGGGAUUUCGAGGCGGUUCAGCCGAUGGCACAAGCCACCCUCGCUCUGGAUCCGAAUCUUGAAGCCAUGAGGUUCGAGCUUGUCCCGAAAGUUAUAUCCGAGGAGAACUUCUGGCGCAACUACUUCUACCGGGUGUCCCUGCUGCGCCAGGGCUACGAGCUGAACGCGAUGGCCAGCAGCCAACAGGAGGCGGAAAGCAACUCCAAUCAAACCCUCGCCAGCACCACCGACAGCAUCGAUCACACUCAAGUUCAAAUGACCACUGGCCAGACAACCACCUCCGGUGCGACGACGACGAGCAGUAACAGCGCGCUGGCCGAUUCGCCAGGUCACGAGUUCGUGUCCGAUACCAUGAGGGUCUCGGACACAGACCUCGAGGAGGUCCGAGAGGGGAUGCGAAAGCUGGGGAUGCAGCCGCCGAAAGCCUAAAAGAAGAGGAGAGCGUCCCCCCAAAUGCCAUUAUCCAAAGCACACCCUCUCAGAGAUAUACAUGCUUUCCGCUCUCGAAAACUGACAAUUUCAGUUCUUAGCGGUACCGAAAAAUCUCCUCUUUCUCUCUUUUCCUCUCUUCCCAUUUUUCGUUUUACUUUUUUUUUUUUUUUAUUAAUUUUUUAAGUUUCUACGAAGCCACCACCGGGCACGAACGUUCCCACGAGACGAAUAGUGGCGCAAAUUUUUAUUUUUCUUUUUUUUUCUUUUUCGAUGCGAUUCCGUGCCAGUCGCAAGAAUCGUGAAAAGCGACGUCAGAUUCUCAAAUCGAUGAGGAAGCUAGCACGCUAAACACGGAACGCCCCCGGGGAAAUAAAAUAGUCGCGUACAAGGAAAGAUAAAGGAAAAACGCGAGCCGGUUGGUAAGGAACUUGUAAUUAUAGACGGCUGUCACAUUGAGAGAAAGCAAGUUUUAGUAUAAUAGAGAAUUAAAUUUCGUCAUUUAUACAAAGAUCUCAUUUUUUUAUUUUAGUUUUAUGUAGACGUGGGCCUCGAAUAAACAGGCUCUAAGAGCGUUUUUUAUAUUUAGACCGAGGAGGAGUGUAGAAAACAAAUGAUAUCCCUUUAAUUCGAAUUUAAAUCCAAAUAUUGAAUGUAAAAAAUAGCACGGUUUUUUAUUUACUUUUAUUUCGAAUAUUGACGUCGAGGGUGAAAGAAUCUGUAUCUGUGAAAUUUCGUCCUGGCAUAGAGACGCGUUAGAGAGCUCAUCAAAUCGCGAAAAAAAAAAUAUGAAAGACGCGAAAGAGGGGAAAAAAAGUCGUCACGUUAUGUGUGAGUGCAGCAAAUAAAAUAGAUGCAAUAAGAAUAGAAGGGAGGUUGUGUGCGAGAGAAUGAGGUACGAGAAAGAAAAUAACGUGGAUAAACAACCGGACCGAGUGCAGAAGGAUACUCGGCUAACAUGUCUAUAUAUUUGACUGUUUUGCUGUUGUCUCUCUCUCUUUCACUCACUCUUUUUCUUUCUCUCUUUCUCUCUCUCACUCUCACUCUAUCAAUUCCAAUUAAUCUAACCCGUUUCUCGAUUCUCUCUCUCUCUCUCUAUCCGUGUCUUUGUAAACGUGUAUAAUUAACGCAAAGCAACUAGACAUCUUGAAAGAUAAAUGAGUGGGAAGAAUUAUAAAGAGAAGUCAUUGAUAAGAUAAAAAAAAAAAACGCGAGAUAUAUAUUACAUUGUGCAAACCGCAAACUUAAUCAUAGGUGUACCUUCGUAAGAGAAUUAAUUAAAUGGAGACCUAAGAAAAAAAAA